CCUCCGCCGCCCGGGAACCCAGAAGUUUAGGUAAGGCAAUUGCGCAACCACGCCAGAGCUGAGGGAGCCCAGCCUGGCCUCGCCACUGAGAAGGGGGCGGAGCUGCGGUGGGGAUCCCGGCGCCUUCCGAGCAUCAGCAGUGGCGGCGCGACUCUCCUCCAGCGAGCCCUCCGCACUUUCCUUCCAAAGCGAACCAACCACUUGGCGAGCCCCGCUGCUCACCACCAUCGCCCACCGCAGCUUCCCUCUGGCUAAGGGCAGGGCGAGGGCGACCGCGCUGACGUCGCUCUUCUCCAUUGGCCCUGGCCGGCAGCACAUGCCCAAGACAGCUAAGAUAAAGGCACCCGGCCCGCACCUCGCUUCUCCGUCUCUGCUUUGGAGCUUUUUUCUGUCAGCCUCCUUAGCUCGGCUCUUCUCUUCCCCGGCGGCUCGACUCUUAGCAUCUCCGGCUCGGCCCAAUGGCUAACAUGAACAUUUUCAUAGGCACAUGGAGGCUGGACUACAAUCAAAAUUUUGACAUGCUUUUGGCGGAAUUAGGGAUAGGUGCAAUAGUUAGAGGGUUGAGAAAUAUGGCCAGGGAAGAUACUAUCAUCAGCAGGAAUGACAAUACUUUCACAAUCAAAACUAAAAGCACUUUCAAGAACUCAGAAUUCAGCUUCAAGUUAGGUGAAAAGUUUGAUGAAAACACGAUAGAUGGUCGAAAAACUCAGACCCUCAUCACUUUAGAUGAUAACAAUGUAUUGACCCAGGUCCAGCAGUGGGAUGGCAAAGAAUGCACAAUAACAAGGAAGGUGGACGAUGGGAAACUGAUAGUUCUGAUGGUGAGAGAUUGGUUAUGAAAGGAGCCAAUUUAACAACUCAAGAGAUGUUAAAUGCAUUCAACUCUAGAUGUCAAAAGAAAGAACUUGCGGUAGCAGAAUAGCCACCACCAUAGACUACUUGAAACUGACGAUAGAAGAGUUUGCAUCAAUAUUAUAAAUGCAUACCAAUCUACAUGAAACUACACUCAGAAAAAUGGCAAGGACUUUCCUAAUAACCGAAAGAAUCUAAAGUGGAUAUAUAGAGGAGGCAAACUGAUUCUGGUUUUAAAAAAUGCUUUUUGGACUUUUGAUUAAAGAUUAAACUCUUAACACCUUA